UGUGAAGUCACAAACCUGAUGGCAACAGCAAUGCCAGCAACUAAUAUUGGAUGUGUUGCCUUAUCGCAGUGCGCAACGGAGGGGAGGAUGGAUCAUGAUGUCAUAAAUGGAUUCUUCUUUGAGCUUAUCAAACGGCGUUAUUACCCUCCGGAAGAGCAAUUUCUUGCGCCGCCGACCUUACAGUAUCCCCGAUUCGUUCCCUCGCAACAUGGCAUGUCACACUCCGCAGGCAGCGAAGGCACCAUCUCACCUCUCUCUUCAAACAGUCCGAUUUUGACAAACACUCCCACUUUAUCUCCACUUGGCCUGCCACUGUAUCGCGAUUCCGUCUCGGAUGCAUUUACGGAGGAUACCGAGACAUUUGGGGGGCAGUCAAACAGAGCAUGGACAACACGAGACCCGGGAACGCCGACGUUUCACUCGAGACCAAGUCGGAGAGCGGUCUGAUCGACAUCAGCAGAAAAUUUGCCGGGAGCACAGCGUGGCCCCCUUCAUUUCUCCCUUCCCGGGGGUGGUACUUCUACCUGCAGCUACUACGCCUCUCAUCCAUUCGUUUCGCUCUCUGAGCAGGACCCUCUGGUUGCUACGACGUGGGUAGCCCGUCGUUGGCGAUGCACAUGUGAAUGGAUGAGAGUGCACCGCAGGGCGAGGUCUAUAGUGUGUGCUCCGUGCGACGACAGCAGGAGGAGGCGAUCCGCAUAGCAGCGCAUCUCCGACCCGGAGGGUGUUUAGCUUAUGAUGACAAAGGCAAAGCGAUGUCUGCUUUCACAGACAUCCUGACAGCAGGACAAGGAGGAAGAGGAGGAAGAGGAGGAGGAGGAGGAGGAGGAGGAGGAGGAGGAGGAGGAGGAGAGUGUGAAGGUCGGAGAGCUCGAUGGACACAAGUGGGCGAGAGAGAAGGUGGUGGGGGGGGGUGCUACCGUGUCAAAGCAGGAUGUGCUGAGGUUGACGUGCAGUUCAAGAGGACUACGCCUGGUGAGCGAAGGGGCUCUCCCACAUCUGCAAGAGGAGUGCAAUUGAUUUCAGUGGGGGAGCUGGCCACAGGUGAAGGAGGAGGAGCGAACGAGCUUCAAUUUACCUGGGUUUACGGAGCCGGUUAUAUUUGCCUGAUGGGAAUGACGACGGGGGGUUAAAGUUUAAAGUUUAAACCACAAUCGCAUUUUACCGCGGGCGUGGUUAGCAAACGGCUGGCCACAGGAAAGGAGGAGUUACUGUAGCGAAUGAACUUUAGUUAACUGGGUUUACUGUGCCGGUUAUAUUCGCCUGAUGGGAAUGACGGCGGGGGGUUAAAGUUUAAACCACAAUCGUACUUUACCGCGGGUGUGGUUAGCAAACGGCUGGCCACAGGGAAGGAAGAGGAGCGAACAAGCUUCAAUUACCUGGGUUUACGGAGCCGGUUAUAUUCGCCUGAUGGGAAUGACGGUGGGGGGUUAAACCACAAUCGUAGGUAGCAAACGGCUGGCCACGGGGAAUGAGGAGUUACUGUAGCGAAUGUAACUUCAGUUAAGUGGGUUUACUCUGCUGGUUAUAUUCGCCUGAUGGGAAUGACAGUGGGGGGUUAAAGUUUAAAGUUUAAACCACAAUCGUACUUUACCGCGGGCGUGGUUAGCAAACAGCUGGCCACUGGGAAGGAGGAGUUACUGUAGCGAAUGAACUUCAGUUAAGUGGGUUUACUGUGCCGGUUAUAUUCGCCUGAUGGGAAUGACGGUGUGGGGAUAAAGUUUAAAGUUUGAAGUUUAAACCACAAUUGUGGGCGGUUAGCAAACGGCUGAUCCAGUCGUUCAGUUUUGUAACUUCCGUUCCUCCGGAUGGCCAAUCCAGGAGUAACUGUUGCAAUUUUCAAGUUCUGGCCCGUCCGCGGGGACAGGUUGACGUCCAGAGAGGGGUCUUGAAAUAGUGGCGUGGCGAUUUAAGUGGGUGCUUAGUUGGGCCCUAUGUGGGAAGGGAAGCUCAUCUAUGGGUGUGAUGCAGCGAAUGUAGUAAAUACUAAAAAGUGCUCAUUGGCGCCACCUUUGGGGAUUUUUUUUUGGCUUUGAUCAGCAUGAGUGGGUGUGCUUAAGCUGCGCCGGGGGUUGUUGAGCAGCAGCAGCUUAUUGGCUCUUCUGUGCGUAGGCAAGCUGCGUACAGAUUGAGUGGGUGGUUCCCAUGAGAUGGUCAGCGAGCAUUUGUCGGGGUGCACAGGUGAAGCCUUGAAAAACAGAUUUCAAAAUUUCGGGUUGGUGACUUUGUAUUCCAGUCGAUGGCACGAGUGUCUUUGAACAGGAUCUGUUCUGUUACGUCUGUACGUUGUACGCUUUCCUGUCCAGGUACUUUUCUGUAGCUAGUAGCUACGAGUUCAGAUGACUUGUCAGACCUGGAAGAUGAGUGGAGACUUCCACCCUAGAGUGUGAAUGCUUGGUGGCGGAGAAUUAGGCCUUUGACAAGUUUGACUACGAGCGGUGAACACGUUCCUCAGCCUUGGAGAAUAUAAAAAAAAGUUAAAAAAACAAUUUGUAUUGAUGGCUGCAGUAGAAAGAAGAGGUUUUGAUAACUUCGGUUAGUAAGCCCUCAAAAAAAAAAAAAAAAAAAAAAGGUUAGUAAGACCUCCAUGAGAGAAGGCCUGUCCUUUUUUUUUUUCCUUCUUCUUUUUAAUUGAAGGUCACUCUUGCAGUAUAACAAAGGCUGGUGCAUUAUUGUUGCGGGGUCCAGGCUUGAAGAAUCUCUGGGCAAUAAACGCGCCCCUCCUCU